GCAGCAGUGAUGGUUCUUGGGAUAAAGAAAAACUUCAGUCUCCCCCCACCCAAGGAUCACAGGCUUCUGUUAACCACCCCAGCUUGCCUGGACAGCAUAAUGUUCCAGUUAGCCAUCCUCUCAACCCUCUUCAACAGAAUCACCUUCUGCCAAAUGGAUUGGAACUUCCUUUUAUGAUGAUGCCCCACCCAUUAAUUCCCGUGAGCCUACCUCCAGCAUCUGUCACGAUGGCAAUGAGCCAGAUGAAUCAUCUUAGUACCAUUGCCAACAUGGCAGCAGCAGCACAAGUGCAGAGUCCUCCAUCCAGAGUUGAAACAUCUGUUAUUAAGGAACGUGUUCCAGAUAGCCCUUCUCCUGCUCCUUCUCUUGAAGAAGGCCGAAGACCUGGCAGCCAUCCUUCCUCUCAUCGAAGCAGCAGUGUGUCCAGCUCUCCUGCACGGACUGAGAGCUCUUCAGACAGAAUCCCAUCUGUCCAUCAGAACGGGCUAUCUAUGAACCAAAUGCUGAUGGGUUUGUCACCUAAUGUCCUGCCUGGACCUAAGGAGGGUGAUCUGGCUGGUCAUGACGUGGGACAUGAGACAAAAAGAAUACACAUUGAGAAAGAUGAGACCCCGCUCUCCACACCAACCGCAAGAGACAGCCUUGACAAACUUUCUCUAACUGGGCAUGGGCAACCACUACCUCCGGGUUUUCCAUCUCCUUUUCUAUUCCCUGAUGGAUUGUCCUCCAUAGAGACCCUUCUGACUAACAUCCAGGGUCUACUAAAAGUUGCUAUAGACAAUGCCAGAGCUCAAGAAAAACAGGUCCAGCUGGAAAAGACAGAGCUGAAGAUGGAGCUCUUCAGGGAACGAGAACUGAGGGAAACGCUUGAAAAGCAGUUGGCUGUAGAGCAGAAGAACAGAGCAAUAAUUCAGAAAAGGCUAAAGAAGGAAAAGAAAGCAAAGAGGAAAUUGCAGGAAGCACUUGAAUUUGAGACUAAACGACGGGAGCAAGCAGAACAGACGCUGAAACAGGCAGCUUCAACAGAUAGUCUCAGGGUCCUAAAUGACUCUCUGACCCCAGAGAUAGAAGCUGACCGCAGCGGGGGCAGAACAGAUGCUGAAAGGACAAUACAAGGUUCACUAGAUGCCUAUGCCUAG